UAUUUAUUUUCGCUUCUUCCCAUUUGCCCAACCGCGAAAAUAAAGAGAGGAGGAAUCCAAGAAUCCCUCGCGACAAGGUAGCGUGCGGCGGAAUUCAAGGACACAUUCUACCAUUCUUCUUCUUUAGAUAGAUCGCUUCUUGCAUCAACCGAUUGGUAUCAGGACUAGGUCUUUGGAGAUGGCGUCCAAACGGAUCCUCAAGGAGCUCAAGGAUCUGCAGAAGGAUCCUCCCACAUCUUGCAGCGCAGGUCCAGUGGCUGAAGAUAUGUUUCAUUGGCAAGCAACAAUAAUGGGUCCACCUGACAGUCCCUAUGCUGGGGGAGUUUUUCUAGUUACCAUACACUUCCCUCCAGAUUAUCCAUUCAAACCGCCGAAGGUUGCUUUCAGGACUAAAGUUUUCCAUCCAAACAUCAAUAGCAAUGGAAGCAUUUGCCUUGACAUUUUAAAGGAACAAUGGAGUCCGGCAUUGACCAUUUCAAAGGUGCUGCUGUCAAUCUGCUCACUGCUUACAGACCCAAACCCAGAUGAUCCACUGGUUCCAGAGAUUGCCCAUAUGUACAAGACUGACAGAGCCAAAUACGAGACCACUGCAAGGAGCUGGACCCAGAAGUAUGCAAUGGGCUAGCACCAGCGACUGGAGGUUGUAUCUGCACUUGGUCAAUUGUUAAUUAUGUAUGGAGGUGUAUUAUGUUGUCUGUCGGCGGAAUUAUCUACUGCUAUGGUAUUAACCUACUGAAGAACCCUUAAGGAAAACCUCUUCAAGCUUCCCAGAACAAUGGUCCAUGGUGGUUGUAUGCAUUCGUUUGCAAUGAUGUUCAUAUCUGAACCUUCACGAUC